CAGCUCUUCUGGGAAGGCUUUCCACAAGGUUUAGGAGUGUGUUUAUGGGAAUUUUUGACCAUUCCUCUAGAAGCACAUUUGUGAGGUCAGGCACUGAUGUUGGGCGAGAAGGUCUGGCUCACAGUCUCCACCUGAGCCAUGAUUUAAGCUGUUGGCUUUUCUACACGAGAAAGACAUCACACACGUUAUACUGAUGCAUACUCAUAAACAAAUAUACUGUAUGAUGUUUGCAUACGUAUAUAGCAGUGUACUGUUAUGACAUGCUUCAUCGCAUAUGCAAACAUUGUCUCAAAUACUGCGAUUUCAUUGGCUGCUGUGCUUUUGGACUCGUUGGCCAGUCUGUGCGUAUUAGUCUUGGCCCCGCCCCUUUCCGCCUUCCAUAAGGUGCGUUUACAUGGACACUUGUAAUCCGAUCGUAACAGGACUAGAAGCACAAUCAGAUUAAAAAAGGGUCAUGUAAACACGUCAGUCGGAUGGAAUUUGCCACAUCCGAUUAAAAUUUCAAUCGGAUGCUAACGGGUGGUUUAAACCAUUUGUAGUCCGAUCGAGAGGACAUGUAAACACUUAAUCGGAUGGAAUAUGUUCCUGGAAAGUUCUGCGCAUGUGCAGUGACGUAUGACGUACGGACGUUGAUACGAAUGACCUGUCGGUGACCUGUCGUUGAUUAAUUUCCCUUAGCACCAUGUGGAGGAGUGUUUGAUUCCUUUACUUAACAUGUGCUCACCCGAAUGAAACAGGCCUUUAUGAACAGUAAAGAAUCGGCACUAGGACCAUGAAGACACUAUAGGCUAGCCUGCUUUGCCUCUCUCAUCAUGUAAUAUAUUUAGCAGUGCAGUGUGUAAUGGUGUGUGUGUGUGUUGAGAGACUCCGCAGCACUACAAGUCUACAUGCUUGUGAGUAAGACUGGAUAAGUGAGCAUGCACGGUUAGACAGUUUUGAUAUUUCUAACACACACACACAGAGGGAGAGAGUGAGCUGAAUGCUGCAGUUGUGUAAGGUUACAGACUCGCUCUUCAUCAGCAAUGCUCGCUCAGCCUGCAGUGAUGAGCUCCUCCAGAAGGAGGCAGUGACCCUCUGCAUUAACGUGUCCAAGCAGCAGCCCUGUCCUCCAGGCCGGGUCAGCACUCUGCGCGUGCCCGUUUACGACGACCCCAACGAGGACCUGCACGCGCACUUCGACCGCUGUGCUGAUGUCAUUCUCAGUGAAGCUGCGCGCGGCGGCCGCACCGUCAUCUACUGCAAAAAUGGCCGCAGUCGCUCGGCUACGAUAUGUAUCGCCUACCUCAUGAAGCACCAGAACUUGUCCUUAACCGAGGCGCAUGAGAUGGUGAAAAGUGCUCGUUUAGUGGUGGAACCAAACCCAGGCUUUUGGGCUCAGCUGGAGAGAUACGAGCAGGAGCUGAAGAUCAGGAGGUUUUCAAAAAAAAAUUACAUUAAAGCUAUCCGCUUUGCAAAUCAAUAAAAAGACUACAGAUUGCGUCUCCUGUGGAAAAUGGAUUCAUCUUUAGAUUCGUGUGAGAUUCGUUUGCUUUCCAGAGCACAACCAGAGCGCGAAGGCCUGCGGUUCAGCCGGCUUUCAUUACAGCGACUGUUUCGCCGCAGUCAUACACCGCAAAAUAAAUCUAAUAUCUCUUAAACGAUGUGUAGUUAAUUAUGUCUUCACGUAUACAGUUUAAAUGCACACAGAUAUCACCAUUUACAACUAAUGGUUGUUGAUGUCUGUAAUUUCAUAUGGAAAGACGUGACAGAUUGCACCUCUGCCACAAGGCUUAAAAUUAAUAUUAGAUGAUGAUGAUGAAGAUUGUUAGUUUAAUAUGCAACCGGGGGACCUUAUAACUGCUGAGCAAACAACACUAAACUGGGAUGUGUGUGAAUUAAUGAUUAGAUUUUUAUUAAUGCACGGUUGAAGCACCAGUAGGAUUGGAUAUUGUUGUAGUCAGUGAUGGAUAUGAAUCAUAAUCUUUAUACUUUUAUUUUAAACAGCUGCAUGAAAGUCGAAUCAGAGAUACUACAAUGACCGAAGCUUUUCUCAUCUCCAGAAAUCAUAUACCAGAAACGAGUAGAAAUUUAAUGGAAAAAAAUUCUCGAUCUAAUUAAAAGAAAAUCUCUUUGUCUUAUAGUUGAUUCCAGCAUUGUUGAUAUAUUUCUGCAUCAUUGUGUGUCUCUACAUUCUAGCUUGGCUUGGACCAGGCUCUAAGUGCAGGUCAGAUUAGGAUCUUAUUAUCUUAUCAAUAAUACAAAGAUUUCAUGGUGCUGUUGAUUUUAACCCUUCAUGAAGAGGAGAGGAGCCAGUUCAGUCUCACUCGGAGCUCUCUCGGUGUAAAGAAUAGAGGCUUCAUGAGGAUUAGGGUGUAGUCAUGAUUACUUCAGAAAGCACCACAGCCUAGUUUAAUAGGUUUAAACAAUUUGUCUCUAAUUAGCCAUAGAUUAUAUUUCCUCGGUAAUCUAUACAA